AUGCUUCUCUACUUUUCUGCUCACGAUUGUCUCAUAAAGAAAUAUGGAAUCAUGCACUUGGGGAUGCAAAAUGGGAUAGUGUUCCAAAUAGAUAAGGAUAAACCGAUCGACAAUGUUUCCACAGGAAGGGGUAACGUGAUUACAUAUGCCACGCCUGCAAGUCGAGAAACGCUGCCUACGUUACCAGUGGAAGACAAAACAGCCAACUCAUCGGCUGUGGCUCCUCAAACUACAACCCAUGCGAACCAAAUUGGUGACAUCGGAGGCUUAAAUUCCGGGAAGGCAUUGAAUAGAGCACGGAGGGGUUGGCUCAUCUGGAUGAUCUUCUAUGGAUUUUUCACUGGAUCUCUCAUAGCGCUUAUCAUCGCCGGGCUCAUUUUGUACUUUGCCCGACGUUCUGUGUAUGCUUGCUGGUAUCGUGGUAUGUACAAGCGGUAUGGAUGCGACGCGUCCGGUGUAUCUGGCGGAGUCACAGGUAGUCAGUUCGGAACCACAGCAACUGGAGCAUCAACGAUGGGUGGUACAACUGGAUCAACAAUGGGUACGACUGGUACCACCGGCACGACCGGAGGAACAACUGGUUCAACGAUGGGCACGACGGGAGGAGGCACAACGGGUACGACCGGCGGUGGUACAACCGGCGAUGGUACUACGGGUGGUACAUCAGGAACUUCUGGUGGAGAUAUGGUUACUAUGUAA